CUAAAGAUAGCUGUGAAGGGGCAAAGUAAAUCAAUAAACUCCAUGGUGUUCAUCUCUUGAUAUCAAAACUUCUUUCUUUAUACGCUUCUCCUCUGAUCCUGUGGAGAUGAAAAUUGACAUCCAUAAUCAUAUUCUACCAAAAGAAUGGCCAGAUCUAAAAAAGAGAUUCGGCUAUGGAGGCUGGGUGCAGCUCCAACACCACUGCAAGGGAGAGGCGAAGAUGCUGAAGGACGGGAAGGUGUUCAGGGUGGUCCAAGAGAACUGCUGGGAUCCAGACGUCCGCAUUAGAGAAAUGGACCAAACAGGAGUGACUGUGCAAGCCCUUUCCACGGUUCCCGUCAUGUUUAGCUACUGGGCCAAACCUCAAGACACGUUAGACCUGUGCCAGUUUUUAAACAACGACUUAGCUGCCACUGUAGGAAAGCACCCCAGGAGGUUUGUGGGCCUGGGGACGUUGCCCAUGCAGGCCCCCGAGCUGGCCGUCAAGGAGAUGGAGCGCUGUGUGAAGGAACUGGGCUUCCCGGGGGUCCAGAUCGGCUCCCACGUCAACGCGUGGGACCUGAAUGCACAAGAACUCUUCCCUGUCUACGCAGCAGCUGAGAAGCUGAACUGUUCCCUAUUCGUGCACCCCUGGGACAUGCAGAUGGAUGGACGGAUGGCCAAAUACUGGCUCCCUUGGCUCAUAGGAAUGCCGGCAGAGACCACCACAGCCAUUUGCUCCAUGAUCAUGGGUGGAGUGUUCGAAAAGUUUCCUAAACUGAAAGUGUGUUUUGCACAUGGAGGUGGAGCCUUCCCCUUUACAGUAGGAAGAAUCUCCCAUGGAUUCAGUGUGCGCCCAGACCUGUGUGCCCAGGACAAUCCAAUCAACCCAAGGAAGUACCUGGGUUCCUUCUACACAGACUCCUUGGUUCAUGAUCCCCUGGCCCUCAAGCUGUUAACAGAUGUCAUAGGAAAGGAUAAAGUCAUGUUGGGAACUGAUUACCCCUUUCCACUAGGUGAACUGGAACCUGGAAAAUUGAUAGAAUCCAUGGAAGAAUUUGAUGCAGAAACAAAGGACAAACUCAAAGCUGGCAAUGCCCUAGCAUUUUUGGGUCUUGAGAGAAAACAAUUUGAAUGACUGAAUUCACUACAAAGGCAAUCUUUCAAGAAGAUAUUUUAUUCUUGUUAUUAAAUAUGUAUCAAACAUGCAUACUAAAA